UUCUCUCACUCCUUUUCCUUUAGCAGGUGCAGAAAAAAAAAUAAGUUUUUUUUAUUUUUUCCAUCUCAUCUGCAUCUGUUUUCAUUUCCUCCUCCUCCUCCUCCCAUCCGUCAAUCAAGAAAACUACCACCAAUCUUCUCUGGCCGUAGACCCAACGAAAGGGGAAGGAAAAUCAAGAAACGAGAUCUACCCAUUUGAGGAGGAAACCGCCAUCGCAGGAAAGAAAGAUCAAGAUCGAAUCUUGACAUCCAGGGAAGGGAAAAACCCGGAUCGAGAUCGAGCCAGCGCGGAGAGAAGAAUGCCGUCGUUGCAGGAUGAGCUGUUGCCGUCGACCCCGGGGAAGUUCAAGAUCGAGCACCGCGGGCACGCCGUGAACCGCCAGUUCCACCGCUGCUUCGCCUCCACCAGCACCCUCUUCCUGUGGGCCCUCUUCCUGGUCGCCCUCACCGCCUCGUACCUGAGCUUCCAGAGCUUCAUCGACUCCGGCAACCGCUACUUCACCGCCUCGUGGGGCGGCAUCCAGUGGGAGAAGCGCGUGCGCGACUCCGCCCAGGUGCACCGCCCCGACGGGCUGUCCGUCCUCGUGACCGGCGCCGCCGGGUUCGUGGGCACCCACGUCUCCCUCGCCCUCAAGAAGCGCGGCGACGGCGUCGUGGGGCUCGACAACUUCAACAGCUACUACGACCCGUCCCUCAAGAAGGCCCGCAAGGCCCUCCUCCAGGGCCACGGCGUGUUCAUCGUGGAGGGCGACGUCAACGACGCCCGCCUCCUCGCCAAGCUCUUCGACGUCGUCGCCUUCACCCACGUGAUGCACCUCGCCGCGCAGGCCGGCGUCCGCUACGCCAUGGAGAACCCCCAGUCGUACGUCCACAGCAACGUCGCCGGCCUCGUCGCCCUCCUCGAGGCCUGCAAGACCGCCAACCCCCAGCCCGCCGUCGUCUGGGCCUCCUCCUCCUCCGUCUACGGCCUCAACGAGAAGACGCCCUUCUCGGAGGCCGACCGCACCGACCGCCCCGCCAGCCUCUACGCCGCCACCAAGAAGGCCGGCGAGGCCAUCACCCACACCUACAACCACAUCUACGGCCUCUCCAUCACCGGCCUCCGCUUCUUCACCGUCUACGGCCCCUGGGGCCGCCCCGACAUGGCCUACUUCUCCUUCACCCGCAACAUCCUCCAGGGCAAGCCCAUCACCAUCUACCGGGGCAAGAACCGGGUCGACCUCGCCCGCGACUUCACCUACAUCGACGACAUCGUCAAGGGCUGCGUCGGCUCCCUCGACACCGCCGGCAAGAGCACCGGCUCCGGCGGCAAGAAGGCCGGCCCCGCCCCCUACCGCAUCUUCAACCUCGGCAACACCUCCCCGGUCACGGUGCCGACCCUGGUCAGCAUCCUGGAGCGGCACCUGAAGGUGAAGGCGAAGCGGAAGGUGGUGGACAUGCCCGGCAACGGCGACGUCCCGUUCACGCACGCCAACAUCAGCUCCGCCCAGGGGCAGCUCGGGUACAAGCCCACCACCGAUUUGCAAACCGGGUUGAAGAAGUUCGUCAAGUGGUACUUGUCUUAUUACGGCUACAAUCGCGGCAAAAAUGUAAAUUGAUUUUUUUUUUCUCCUUGAGAUCUUUUUUUCCUUUUUUUGGGACAAUUUUUAUUUAUUUUGGGGGGGAAACUUGCUUGUUGUUGUAAUUUCCUCUGUGGAGAUUUUCUUUUUUUCGCAGUAUAAAAGAAAAUCCGAGAUGGAGGCAAAAAAAGAAGGCCCAAAAAAAAUGGAAAGAGGAAAAAAAAAAGGAAAGAAUGACAAGGUAGGUUCUUUACUUGGGGAGGAGGGGUGGUAGUGAUGCAAAACAGAUUCUGCUGCACUCCCAGUAAAUUUUUGUUGUUGUUGUUGCUUCUGCUUUGUAAAGGAAAAAGAAGUUCCGGAAUUCAAUCAAGGUAUUUGCUUUUUCAUCAGCCAA